ACAGAGUGGCCUCGCAGUACUCACAACGCUCCAUUAGUACCUGUGGUUGAGUGUCACUCUUCAAGCCUUACGCUAAAUUGCAACCAGAAGCAAAGAUAAUGAGUCAUUCGUAUGCAAUAGCAUAUUUCUUCAGGCAGAAUACUCUAGCUGGUCCGAAUGGUUUAGCUGGUCAGAGUAAGCCCGAACGAGAGCAUCAUUUCGCACUGUUUUUGCAACAGCAACAACCAAUGAUAAUUGACAUCGAUCAAUUUCCAUUUGGAGAAGCCCAAGCCCUCUUCAAUCACAUGCACCUCGCAAUCGAAGCAAUCUCCGCAGCUGAUGGAGUCGCACGUCGCUCUAUGGCUGUCAAGGAUGCCGAGCCUCUAGGUCAACCAGCAAGACUGUCAGAGAGUCACGACGUCAGCCACAAAGACGACAGAAGGGAGAAAUCUCAUCAGCAGGAACCAAAGCGUCGCUCUCUGGUUUCCAGAGAGUCCGGUGUUUCUCGAUCACCCACAAGAGUACCAGGGCGAGAUCGCAACAUUGAUCAAAGAGGUCACACAGGCGAUGCUUUUGCCUGUCUACCGAGGAUGCUCAGUGUCCCAGAGCGAGCAGUUGAACAACACCACACUGAUAUCAUCGCCAUACAAUGGUACAGUGGGGAGCAGACCUCUACCUUACAGCACCGGGAUGUUUUCCCAAAGGCUCGCCAGAGCGCUAGAGUCAUUCGUUACGACGCAAAGAAUGCAUGUUUCCAGCUGGAUGAGGUUCUGCGCUUCAUAGAACAGGCUUCGGACGACAAAACCCUCCCAUCAGUUAUAGAGAAUUACCUUCGCGCUCAGUCGCAGCGUUAUGGUCCGCAUGAUAUCUUUCCGCGUCCACUGCCAGCCAACGCCAUCCUCGAAGCUCGAGAGCUCGUGUCGCUUGUGAAUAGAUUCCAACCUCUGAUUCACUUUGCCGAGACCCACUCAGAGACCCAGCUGUUCGAAUGCGUUGUUUGUCAGCAAGAAAUCCACGAUGACACUGAUCAACGUGAACAAGUGCAGCAUAUUGCGACCCAUAUAGGAGGGAUCUGGGAUGAUGUUGAGCUGGUUCGCUGUCAUCAAACGGGCUGUAACAUUGUUGGCGACCGAAAGCUCCCGGCUAUGGUUCGUCACUGGCAAAAAGGAGAUUGUGUGUAGCGGACGCUCUGUCACCUUCAGCAAUUACGCGCCGCGUAUGU